AUGGCCGUGGACAACUUGAAACAGUUUGUUUUCCGCAACAAAGAAGUUCUCAUGUUUAUAGUUGGAUUUGGAGUGAUGCACAUCGGCUGGUACAACUUGCAGCGUAACAGUUCCUUGAAUAAAGCAAUAGCAGCGUCUCGCGAUAAAGAAACUAUUAAGGAAUAUAAACGAUUAGAACGUGAGAUUAAUGCAAAUUGGUCAGAAAAACCAUCUUCACAACAACAGCAUCAACCUCAAACAUCUGGUAUAAUAUUAUCUUCUGCAACAUCAUUUACAGAAAAAUCUCCUAAUGCUCAUUAA